CUAGAACACACAUACAUAGUUCCGGUACUCUCCCGGGAAUUCACACGUUCACUCUGAUUCGCUUUCAAAUUUUGUGACCAGGCUUUGCCAUGGACGAGUUCCUAAAUCUGAGUGUCAGCCACAUACAGUAUGAGCUGGAUGCCUUUGAGGAAGACGAGGGUGAGAGCGAUGGCGAUGGUGAUGGCGAUGGUGAUGGCGUGGAAGCAGUUAGCGGUGAGGAAACCAGGCUGCUCUACUACUUCAGCAGAUUGUACGACAUUCUGAGCGGGAAUAUCUUUCUGACCACCUACGUGGAACGCGGGCGAAGCGAGUAUUUCGCGGGGUUUAGCAACGUGCAUUUGGUGGCUCCGUUCCAGGACGAUCAGCAGACGGAAUGGUACCACUGGAUCCACCUGUCGCUCAUCUUCCGCGCCUCUAGAUCCUCGACACUCUGCUGAAGAAGAUGCCUUCGUGCCGUGUCACAGCCAAAUUGAAAUUCCAUUUGGCAUUUGUUCGGAGUUGUUGGCCCAUCUCGUUUCAUUUUGCGUCCUGGCAUUCACUUCUUAACCCCCCAAAGCCCACAUUUGUUUCUGUGUGUGUGUGUGUGUGUGUGACAUUUUGGCAGCAGUUCAACGGAAAAACGUUUGGCAGCAGGGCCAGAAAAUGAUAAGCCUGGGCAGCGAAAAAAAGAGGGAAAGAACCAAGAAACGGUUCACUGAGUUAAAU